CGCAUUGAAUUUGCAACUCCUCCCAUUGCUCAAGAACUCAAAGAAGAAAGACAGUUGUGUUCGGUGCUGAGUCACUGAAUUGACAGGGCAAAGGAGAAUGGCUCAGGAGUACGUGGACACCAAAAUUCAGGCGGACAAAGUGGUUAUUUUCAUAAAAGAGUCUUGUCCUUACUGUGUACAGGUCCAGGAUGUGCUGAACAAAUAUGAUUUCAAACAAGGCAAGCUGGAGAUCCACGACAUUACCGGCCAUGCCGACAUGAAAGCGAUCCAAGACUACUUUCACAAUAAAACAGGAGCCAAGACGGUACCUCGUGUGUUCAUUGGGACUGAAUGUGUGGGAGGUGGUUCAGACGUUAAGCAACUGCACGACAAUGCUGUGCUGAAAGACAAGCUGAUUGCCAUUGGUGCCAUAUAGUCCCAGUCUCAAUAGGUAUCCAAGGACAGUUCAAGAAACCAUUACAUGAGAAUACAACGAGAUCUCCCAGAGUGAAUGUGAUGCCUGUAUUCAGUCAAUUCCUGCAAGUAAGAACUUGAUGGCCAUCUAUGACUUUCCACAAAAGCUUCUUCUUCAUCUGCAUGUGAAUACAAUAAAGAAGAAUGGAAUUAACAA